GGCGCAGGCUGCGGCUCUCGAUUUACCACCACCUCAAACCCUCCCCGGCGCCGAUGUCCUCAGCGAUGGCGAGCACGUCGGCCAACUUAGAGCCUCUGUUUUCCUUCUUGUCAACAUCCUACGCUACUUUAGAACAGACAUUUAAUAGGAUACCAGGUUCAGCCGUCAUCGCCCGUUAUGUCAAGUCAUCGCAUCAGAACGACCCCGGACGCACUCUGCUGGAGCUGUUCCUGGCAGCUUUCGCUAUUUGGACGUUAUUGCAGUCACGAACACGAGCAGACAAGGAUGAUAGACACUUUAUAAAGUUUACGGAAAAGGAAAUUGACGAACUUGUCAACGAAUGGACUCCUGAGCCUCUCGCCGAGCCUUUGUCGCCCGAGGAACAGAAGGAGCUUGAGUCAGUACCGGUUAUUGUGGGUGCCCAAGGGCCACGACCGAAGCUUAACACGGGCAAGACCGUGCUUAACUUCACGGGAACGAACUUCACUGGGUUAGCUGGGAACGAGGGCAUCAAGGAGAAGGCUAUUGAGACACUGCGAAAGUAUGGUCUGGGUAGCUGUGGUCCGCCUGGCUUUUAUGGCACUGUCGACGUUCACGUGCAACUGGAGCACGACAUCGCCGACUUCUUGGGCACGGAGGACGCUAUCCUGUAUGCCCAGGGAUACUCCACCAUCUCGUCUGUCAUACCAGCCUUUGCUAAACGUGGAGACAUCAUCGUCGCUGACCGCGGCGUGAACUUCGCCAUUCAGAAGGGUAUCCAGAUCUCCCGUUCUACCGUACGCUGGUUCGACCAUAACGACCUCAAGAGUCUGGAAGACGUGCUUCAGGGUAUCGCAAAGGAGCGGAAGAAGAAGAAGGCGCCCCUGACCAAAAUGUUCAUCGUCACUGAAGGCAUCUUUGAAAAGGACGGAGUCAUGACCGAUUUGCCGAAGCUGAUCGAAUUAAAGUACAAGUACAAGUAUCGCUUGAUUCUGGACGAAAGCAUCUCCUUCGGCUCCGUCGGUAGGACUGGUCGCGGUCUGACAGAACUCUUCAAUGUUCCGGCAUCUCAGGUCGACAUGUUGGUUGGCUCCGUGGCAAAUGGUCUUGCUUCCUGCGGAGGUUUCUGCGCUGGCUCGAAAUAUGUCGUGUACCAUCAGCGUAUCAACAGCUCUGCAUUUGUGUUCUCUGCCUCGAUGCCGCCGCUUCUCUCCGUAAGCGCUUCAGAGGGUGUCAACAUUCUCCGCAACACGCCCUCGAUCCUGAGCACCCUGCAAGAAAACAUCCGCACCGUCCGGGGUAUCCUGGAUAAGCUCGAUUGCAUCACCAUCCCGUCGCACCCGGCCAGCGCUAUGAUCCACAUCUACAUACGCACGCCAACGCCGACGCUCCAGAUUCCAACCGGAUCAGGGAAACCCUCGAAUCCAACAUCGAUCCAUCCCCGCGAUCCGCCGACGUUCGACAUCGAAACUGAGGAGCGGUUGCUGCAGGACGUGGUGGACGAGGCACUGGCGCAGGGCGUCCUCAUCACUCGUGCAAGGAGGCUGCGUGGUCAGGAGAUGGUCGAAGCACGACCCAGCAUCCGGCUUGCUGUCAGCGCCGCAUUCUCCAAGAAGGAAUGUGAGAAGGCGGCGAACGUGGUCAAAGCCGCACUGGUCAAGGUGCUUGGGAAGAGGCGAUAGAUUAGACAAGCGCUGUCUGCGACAUUUUAUCCUCAUUGGCUUAUUGAGAAGUAUACCUACUUUAUUCACGAAUAACACGAUCCAAUUCUUGUCUGCUGACG